AUGCACAACGUACCUGCGGACCCGAAAUCCAAAGAUGUUGAGAAGACCGGUGAUUAUGAGGAUAGUGUGGCAGCUGGCCAGGUGCAGGACGGCAAGCAAAUACCGCACACCACAGGUCUGGAGACGAGCCCUGAGACUUCACUCCAAAGAGGUCUUCAAGCGCGCCAUAUUACCAUGAUUGCUAUCGGAGGCGCAGUUGGCACUGGGCUUGUCAUUGGCACAGGUAAAGCUUUAGCACAGACUGGCCCUGGAUCUGUUUUGAUUUCUUACACUAUAGUUGGGUUCAUUGUGUUUCUCGUCAUGGCAGCCCUGGGCGAAAUGGCUGCAUGGCUCCCAAUAUCUGCAGGAUUUACCGGAUAUGCUGCAAGAUUCUGUGAUCCCUCUCUUGGCUUUGCUCUCGGCUGGUGCUAUUGGUUUAAGUACAUUGUUGUCACUCCAAAUCAGUUGACUGCUGUUGCAUUGGUUAUUCAGUUUUGGGUUGAUCGCAAUACUGUCAAUCCGGGAGUAUUCAUCACGAUUUUCCUUGUGGCAAUCAUAUGUAUUAACUACUUUGGUAUUCGCUUUUUUGGAGAGUUCGAGUUCUGGUUAUCAUCAUUCAAGGUGCUGACAAUCAUUGGCAUAAUUAUCUUUUCCCUUGUACUUGCUCUUGGGGGCGGCCCAGAUCAUGAUCUUAAAGGAUUCAGGUACUGGAAGGACCCAGGCGCGUUCCGGGAACAAUUUACAACCGGGGCUACUGGAAGAUUUGCAGGUUUCUGGUCCUGCAUGGUCAACGCUACAUUUGCCUACCUUGGAACUGAGCUUGUCGGUGUGACUGUCGCUGAAGCUCAAAAUCCGCGAAAAACAAUUCCUCGCGCUAUCAAGCUUACAUUUUAUCGGAUCCUCGUCUUUUAUUGCCUAAGCGUCCUACUUAUCGGGAUGAUAGUGCCCUGGAAUUCCGACCGACUACUCUUUGCUACAACACAAGCCAAGACAGGUGCUGCAGCCUCACCCUUUGUUGUCGCUGCGGAAAUCGCUGGCAUCAAGGCCAUUUCGCAUAUCUUGAAUGCAUGUAUUUGUGUAUUCGUCUUCUCAGCAUCUAACUCGGAUUUAUAUAUUGCAAGUCGAACUCUAUACGGCCUUGCCUCUCAAGGGCAAGCACCAGCGAUUUUCAAGCAUACGAAUUCCAGGGGUGUACCUGUCUACGCACUUGGAUUUUCAGCAUUGUUUGCUUUAUUAGCUUUCAUGAAUGUAUCAGACGACUCGACUAAAGUAUUUGGUUACUUUGUUAACUUAACGACAAUCUUUGGCUUAGUGGCAUGGAUAUCAAUCCUUGUUACCCAUAUCUCUUGGUGCCGAGCACGCAAAGCACAGGGCCUCAGCGAUGCUGAACUACCAUAUAAAGCACCUCUUGGGAUAAUGGGUUCAUAUGGUGCUCUAGCUCUUUGCAUCUUGAUUGCCUUGACCAAAAAUUACGACGUGUUUAUCGGAGGAGAUUUCGGCAAUGAAAAGUACAAGACCUUCAUAACAGGUUAUAUUGGUAUCCCCGUCUUUUUGAUUUUUAUCUUUGGGCAUAAAUUUGUUACAAAGAGUCGUGGGUUAAAACCUCAUGAGGUUGACUUAUAUACUGACAAGGACGCAAUUGAUCGCGAGGAGGAAGCCUUUUUAGCGAAUCAAGCUGCCCAAAGGGAGUCAGAGGAGGUUCACGGUAAAAGCUGGUUUUACAAGAACUUCAUUUCUUGGCUCUUCUAG